AUGAAGCCUCGAAUACUCGGUCAGAGCUUGCAUCCAUUCUGUUCGCCCCUCUCGACCAGGGGAAAAUUCGUCUCCCGGUCUUGGAAUCGCCAUGCUUCAUCCUCAUCCUCUUCCGUAUCCUCCGAAUCAACCCCUCCGAAACAACAACUCUGGGUGAAAUUGGCCGUCGUGGGUGUCGCAGCAGCAGGAAUUGGUGCAUAUAUUCGAAAGUCGCAGCAAGAUGGACCCUCGGCAUUGAAUCCUUUCGCCUUCACCAAGUACACCUUAAUCGCGAAAGAACCCGUAUCCUCGACGGGGAGUAUCUUCACUCUCAAACCAUCGAAACCGGAUCUAAACUCGACCGUCUACGAAGCAGCAUGGCAGACCGGAGUAUGGAGCGUGAUGUUCAAGCAGCCGCAGCUGCAGAUUGGUAGAGAUUACACCCCUUUACCGGCCACGACGGCGGACAACCAGGACGAGGAAGUGCUACGGUUCUUUAUCCGAAAAGACGCUUUUGGCGAGAUGUCGCGGUAUCUACAUGGCUUGGGCAUAGGCUCUCUGGUUGAGAUGCGGGGACCUAAAAUCGAAUACAAGAUCCCAAAACAGACCCAGGAGAUUCUGUUCAUUGCUGGUGGGACAGGCAUCGCGCCGGCUCUACAGGCCGGUCAUACACUUCUGCGCCGGACGGAUGAGACGCGCAAACCAAGGAUACAUAUAUUAUGGGCAAACCGGAGGCGAGAGGAUUGUGCAGGAGGUGUGAACGAUACCAGCGCCAAGCCUCAGAAGACUCGACGGUUCUGGUUCUUUGGCCCUAGGGCACCAGCAAGUCCCAGCUCGGUCCCAGAUGUGCAAAAGCACUCGGCUGCUCAGUCGCUUGUGGUUCGUGAGCUAGAAGCUCUCAAGUCGCAAUACCCAGGACAAGUGACUGUGGACUAUUUUGUUGACGAGGAAAAGACGUUCAUAAAGAAAAAGGAUAUCUUGGACUUCACUAAUAUUACACCCACAAAUGGGUCUCGCCUCCCUAAAAACAGGAUGAUCCUCAUCUCCGGACCUGAAGGUUUCAUUAGCUAUAUGGCAGGACCAAAACUCUGGGCGCAAGGAACGGAAGUCCAGGGCCCUCUUCGAGGAAUUAUUAGUGAACUCGAUCUAAAAGACUGGGCCACAUGGAAGCUGUGA